AUGGACAUCUAUCUUCAAACAGCAAGUCCGAUUGUGGAGGAAGUACUCAAAGGUUACAAUGGCACGAUAUUUGCCUACGGGCAGACGGGCACGGGCAAAACGUACACAAUGGCGGGGAGUAAUUCCGCCCCAGAGUUGCGGGGCAUUAUUCCGAACUCAUUCGCACAUAUAUUCAGCCAUAUUGCUAAAGCAAAGGAUGAUGAGAAAUUCCUAGUAUGCGUGACAUAUUUGGAGAUUUACAACGAGGAAGUGCGUGACCUACUUGGCAACAACCCGCACCAGAGCUUGGAGGUCAAAGAGCGGCCAGAUAUCGGUGUCUUUGUUAAGGAUCUCACGGGUUACGUGGUCAACAACUCCGAUGAGCUGGAAAAGAUAAUGGCGGUCGGUAAUAAGAACCGACACAUCGGGGCCACGGCUAUGAACAUUGAGAGUUCUCGGUCGCACGCAAUUUUCUCCAUUACAGUGGAGAGCAGUAAGAAGGGCGCAGAUGGAAAGAUGCACGUGAAGAUGGGGAAGCUGCAUCUUGUUGAUUUAGCGGGCUCAGAGCGUCAAAGCAAAACCCAGGCGACCGGCACUCGGCUGAAAGAAGCAACGAAGAUUAACCAAUCACUAUCGGUUCUUGGUAAUGUGAUAUCUGCCCUGGUAGAUGGCAAGUCCACGCAUAUUCCAUAUCGGAACAGCAAACUGACUCGACUCCUACAGGACUCGCUUGGAGGGAACUCAAAGACUGUUAUGAUUGCGACUAUAGGCCCAUCAGACACGAACUACGUGGAGACGAUCAGCACGCUUCGAUACGCAAACAGAGCGAAGAACAUUGAAAAUAAAACGCACGUCAAUAGCGAGCCUGGAGACGCUUUGCUUACAAAGUUCCAACAAGAAAUCGAUCAGCUGAAGAAACAACUAGAAGAGUCUGUUAUUGAUGUGGAAGGCGAAGGCGAAGAAGAACUCUCGGAAGAUACGGAAGACACCCUCACAGAUCCCGAGCUGGAUGUCCUGGAUCCAGAAGAGAAGAAGAUUAAGAGAAAGAUCAGGAAAGAGGAGAAGGAACAAGCCAAGAGAGAGAUGGCACAUCAGGCCAGAAAAGUGCUGGAGGAGAAGAAAGCAGAGCUACAAAAGACCAAGAGACAGCAAGAAGAGUUGAAAGAUAAGUUGCAACGUCUGGAGUCGAAGGUGUUGGUGGGAGGUGAAAAUCUUCUCGACAAAGCUGAUACGCAACGGAAACUUCUGGAACAGGCCUCCAAAGAGCUGGAACAGAGGAAGCUGAUCGAGCUACGUCUGCAAGAAGACCUGCAGAAGAAAGAGGCGGAAAGGUUGGACCUGGAAGAACGAUACUCGACUCUCCAAGAAGAAAAUGCCGCGAAGACCAGAAAACUUAAACGCGCUGUGCAAUUACUUAAUUCAGCAAAGGCUGAAUUAGCUGACCAACAACGUGAACAGCAGAGGGAGAUGGAGGGAAUCCUGGACGGGAUCAGAGCUCUGAAGAGGGAGUUGCAGCUCGCUGACUUAGUCCUUGACUCUUAUAUACCUAAGGAGUAUCAGGCAUUAAUCGACCAGUACGUACAUUGGAACGAGCAACUUGGCGAAUGGCAAGUCAAAUGCGUCGCGUACACGGGAAACAAUAUGGCGCCGCAUCUCACGCACAUUGAGAAACGUCACGCACAUAUCGAGCCCCCAGACCUAUCGGAGCGCUACCUCUCCUAUUCAGCUGUAGCUCGUUCGGGCACUCGUCUGGCGAGACCACUAUCAGCAGUUCCAAGACCCCAUACAGCUCUGAGACAACGGCAUUAA